CAUCUCUUCAAUGGAUUGUGGAAAAUUCAUCGUUCUAAAAUUCUGCAUCGUGAUAUGAAGGCCGCAAAUGUGUUACUUUCCCGAGACGGUAUCCUCAAGCUUGCGGAUUUCGGUUUGGCAAGACCAUUCUAUAUGGGUCCGUGCUUCAUUCCUUCAUCUUUACUUUCUCGUGAUAAUGCUCAUUCUAAUUCUUGA